AUGGCCGACACGGCGACCUCGCCCACGGGGAGUCCCGGUGACCUGGAAAACGGCCCUGGCAACAAGUUCCAAACCGCCAUCUCGGCGUGGAGGAAUGUCGACCUUACGACCCUCGUCACCCAGCUCGAUAACACGGCUUCCGAUAUUGCUGCCCACCAGCGCGACUCGACGGUUCAGCGAAAGGAGCUAGCGCAAAAGACGAAGGACUUUAGGAAACUCGAUGAUGCGUCGAAGCUGACCGAAAUCAAGGGUCUUCUCAAAUCUUACCAAACCUUUAUCGAUCUCCUCACGAACCAUUCGAAAUCGGUAAACUCGGUCUUCCUCCAGUUAUACACAGCCCUCUCCGAUGCGCCCGAUCCGUAUCCCCUCCUCGAAGCGUCGGUCGAUUCGAUGCUCGUCUCCGAAGACACCCUCCCCAAGUUGACGGAAGAAAACAGCCACCUACAAAAGAACGUAACCAAGCUCACGUCACAGCUCGAAGAGACCGAAUCACGCCUCCAAACUGAGCGGUCGGCCCGCAAGGAGCUCGAAGACAAGCUCGAAUCAAAGGUCAAGGAGGUCGAGGAGUCGUGGACUGCCGUGCUGGAGGAGAAGAAGGAUAACUGGGCGUCAAAGGAGAAGGCCCUAGAGGAAAAGGUUGAGAGCCAAGAGCGCCUAAUCAGCGAGAUCAAGGCGAGCUAUGAGGUCAACCAGCGCCUCGGCCGCACCACCGCCGAAGAGGAUGGACAGGCGAGCAAUGUGACGGCGGCGGAGGUCGAAAUGCUCCAUUCCGACCUCGAGCGCACGAGCACGAGGCUAGCCGAGGUAGAGGCCCGCAAUGAGCAGCUACGACUGGAUCUGGCCCAGGCCAAAUCGCAGGCUACGACGCAGCAAACGUCUCUGGAAGACGACCCCGGAUACAUGCGGAUGCGGUCCGAGAACCGGUCGCUUCUGCACAAGCUCGAUGCUUCGAGGGUUGAGAAGGAGGCGGUUAAGCGAGAUCUCGAUACCAAGGUCAAGGCCCUCGAGCGUGAGUCUGGUCGCCUCAAGGAGGAGCGGGACGCGCUCAAGGCCAAGGUGCAAAAGUGGAGCGACUACGACAACGUAAAGCAGGAACUCGAGGUUCUAAAGAGCAUCGAAUUUUCUACGGGAGACGAUGACGAGUUACCAGGACAUGCUGACGACGUAGAAUCCGCCGGAGGCAAGGCCAAGAGCGGAGGGGACACGCUGGAGAAGCUCCUUCUUGCUCGGAACAAGAAACUCGGCGACGAGCUCACGAUCCUCCGAGUAUCCCACCAAGACUUGCAGACGCGACUGCAAGACCUACAAGAGGAGCUGUCCCGGACGAACGCCGAGCUCGAAAAGGCGCAGCAGCUUAACGAGAAGCUCGAGAAUGACCUUGCCACGCUUCAAGCCGAGGCGCCCAACGCUUUCCCCUCGGGAGCGUCAGUCGCGGGUACCUACGUGAGCCGAUUCCCUUCUUCAGGUGUAGCGGGUCGAAAGGGGAGGAUAUCACCCACGUCGUCCAUCAUAAGCGGAUUGGACCCUCGCAGCAGCUCCUCGAUGAUGGGCGAAGGCGUUGGCUCCUCGGGCAACACGAUCCUUCCCAUGCUCACGGCACAGCGAGACCGGUUCAAGAAGCGCAACGCUCAACUGGAACAGGAACUCUCCGAGAGCCACCGCACGGUAUCGCAGCUCCGGCAAGAAAUCGCCGCCCUACAACGGGACAACCUCAACCUCUACGAAAAGACGCGCUACAUAUCAACAUACAGCCGCAGCGGCGGCGCGAGCGGCACGUCCUCGUCAGCCUACUCCACGACCAACGCAAGCCCCAACCCGAACCCGUCUACAAUCGCAAUCGGCGGCACGGGGAACCCCGGAAUCGCGCUCGACCGGUACCGCAAAGCGUACGAAUCCAACAUUUCGCCGUUCGCGGCGUUCCGCGGGCGCGAGUCGGCGCGGGCAUAUAAGCGCAUGAGCCUGCCUGAGCGGGUGGUGUUUUCGGUUACGAGGAUGGUGUUGGCGAGCCGGACGAGCAGGAACUUGUUUGCGGCGUAUUGUGUGGCGUUGCAUGUGUUGGUGUUCAUGUCGCUGUUUUGGAUGGGGGCGGAGGAUGUUGAUAAGCAUGCCACUGGGUUGGGCAAGUCGGCUGCUGCUGCUGCUGCGGCGGCGGGUGGCGCUGGUGCUGGGGGGGUUAAAGGGGGUGGGGAGUGGCAUGAGGCUGGUUUUUAG